GGCGUAGAGCUCUGGUUGUGUCUCUACGAAAUGUCUGUUUAGUCAGAUCUCUCCUCGGCUCGUGAUGUUUUCUUAUUGCUGACGGUUGAAGUGUGGCAGUGGAACUGCCGUUCCUGUUAUUUUUCAUUUUAAUUUAUCUGUUACGUACAAAUCAGCUUCAUUUAUGUUGUGCUACAUUAAAAUAUGACGAUAAAAUGAGGCAGUUCUGGCGAGGUGUUUCUGAAUGGCAGAAAGAAGGUCUUCAUUUAUCAUCUGCUAGUGAUCAAGCUUGUAAACUGUAUGAUGCAGCAAUAUCACAGUAUGUAGGUUGGUAUGAAGAACCUUCUCUUGGAGGUAUAUCCAAGACAAUUCAAGAGAUGAUAUCAAUUGAUCCGAAUUUUGUGAUGGGAAGGGCUCUUUCUGUUGGGUUAGAUUUAAUGGGAACUGGAAGGAGUGUAUUGCUAGAUGAAGACUUUCAGAAAGACAUGAAAAAUUUAGAAGCUAUGGCUGAAAAUCAAGUAAACCUUUUAACACCUAGAGAAAAAGAUCAUGUCAAGGCACUUUUGACUUGGGCAUCAGGGAAUUGGGUUGAAGCAACUAAUAUAUGGGAAGAUAUUCUACAAAGCUAUCCCACUGAUAUUUUAGCUCUUAAAUUAGCUCAUGAUACUUUUUUUUAUCUUGGUUAUCAAAAGGAGAUGAAAGACUCGGUUGAAAAAGUUCUUCCACACUGGUCACCUGACAUCCCUUUAUAUGGCCAUUUGUUUGGAAUGUACGCAUUUGGACUUGUAGAAAUAGAAUCUUAUAAAAAAGCUGAAAGUAAUGCUAAAAAGGGUUUAGAAAUAAAUGCGAAAGAUGCAUGGUCCACACAUGCUUUGGCACAUGUUUUUGAAAUGGAAGGACGUGUUGAUGAAGGAGUUACAUUUUUAAGAAACACUGUUGAAGAUUGGAAGGUUUGUGGGUUGCUAGCUUGUCAUAACUUUUGGCAUUGGGCAUUAUAUCAUAUAGAAAAGGGAGAAAGUGAAGCAGCACUGGAUAUUUUUGACUCACAGGUCAGUGAAAGAAUAAAAUCUGGUGCCAUGCUUGACAUUGUGGAUUCAACUUCAUUGCUCUAUCGCUUAGAAUUAGCAGGGGUAAAUGUUGGUGACAGGUGGAAAGAUGUUUUUGAUUUAUGUCGUCCACAUUUUGAUGAUCAUAUUUUGGCAUUUAAUGACAUUCACUUGUUGUUAUCCAGUGUAGGUUCAAAAAAUAAAGAUGCCACAAACUAUUUAAUGUCAUCUCUUCAAGAAUUUAUGAGAACUGGGUCUGGGACCAACCACACAAUUACAAAAGAUGUAGGAUAUUCUUUAUGUGAAGCUAUAGUUGCAUAUGAUGAAGGCAGAGUUGAAGAUUGCUGUGACAUCUUAUAUCCCUUACGUUACAAUAUUGUUCAAAUUGGAGGCAGCAAUGCUCAGAGGGAUAUGUUUAAUUUACUAUUAAUAGCUGCUGCUAUGAAGUCAACUUGUAAGCACCACCAAAGUGUAUUACGACAACUGUUAAGUGAGCGGACAAGAUUUAAGAGCAUAAGUCAAGUGCCAGAUUGAUGCGAUUUAGAAGCUUUAAAGAUUGACUGUAUCUUUCUCAUGUUGCUAUAAUGAAGUAUUUUUUCUUAAAUUCAGUGUGCAAAUCAACUUCAGAGACAUUUUAAAGAUAUCGCCUUUCAUUUGAGCAUUUCAAGUUGAGAUUUUUAUGCAGUUUUAAAAUGUGAAAUUUAUGGAUUUUGAUUAAGAAAAUAUUCAGAAAUAAACUUUGUGAUAUUCUGCCGUUCUGUAUAUGAUUCAGUUUGUUUUCUAUAUGCAGUAUAUUAAAUACUUUAUGUAAACAGAGUUUGUGACAGAGAGCUUGAUACAAUAAGUGUGCAAAUAGUAUUUAUGCUGAAAGAAAAUGUUUGGUAAGAAAAAAAAUCCUCAUUAUAUUUUAUGAAAUGGAGAAGUUUUCUUCUGUGUAUAUAUAUAUGUAUUUGACAAGAUAUAAGAAGUCUUGAAUGAAUUUAGUUUUUGAUUGGUCAAUGCCAACUGUGAGCUUCUUAUUUGUUUCUUAUGUUCUUGGUUUGAGGUUGAAUUCAGUUUAUAGUUUUAAAGUGACUGAGUGACCAUGAAUUAUAAAUUUUUUUCAUAAGAUUACUCAUAUAUAUGAGAAAAAUAUUUUGCCAAAUCGUAACGAACACAAAUUAGUUAUCACUCUUAGAUCAACCUUUUUCAUAUACUUGAAAUAUUUUCCUUCAGUAUUUCUGUAACUCUUACAAUGUUUCACAAUAUUUCUAAAAAUAAUAUAACAUAUGCUUAAAAUCUGGUAUAACUCAAAUUGACUACCUUCUAUCGGAUUUUAAGGUAUAAUCUUGUUUAAUGAUAUGUGAGGAUAAUUAUAAGUACUAAUUCUGCGUCAAAAUGUUUAAUUUGUGUAUUCAAGUCAUUUCUUGCUGUGCAUUGUAUGUAUAUGUAUAAAUGCACUGAAUAUUAAUUUUAUUAUGUGUAUGUAUAUACAUAAAUACAUGCAUAGUAGUUAUUCUGUACUUUUUCCUUUUCUUUCUUCUGUUUGAACAAGGUGUUUUCAAACAUUUCAGCAUUCAAAAACUUGAUAUAAUUAUUCACUUCCAAGAAGUAUGCAAAUUACAUACUCUGGAUUUGUUUUUUAUUAUUAUUUUUUUAAAAGUGCUUUUAGUUUUGGGCACUUUUUACUUGAUUUGUAACUACCUUAAAAAACAAUGCAUUUUUUAAUUUUUGCAAUUAAAAGCUAAUUUAAAUUAGUUAUAUUUUAAACUGUUUGGUGAAUUCUAUUAGUAUUAAAUUUUGUUAAUGUGUUAAAAGAAAUCAAGCAAUGAAAAAACUUGCUAUAACUUGUGCAAUUUUUUAAGCUUUUGUUUUAUUUAGGUACACAUCUUCAGGAUUCCAGGAAUUAUUAUUUCACUCUGAAUUAUUGCUCACAGUUGGGUAUUUAAUUGGCUAUAGAUUUUUAUGGAUUGAAAUAGAAUAAUUUACAAUAUUAUUUUGUUGACUUUGUAUCUUUGUAGGAAUAAUUUUUAAUUCAUAAUUCACCCAUUCUAUAUUACAAUAAAAAAAUUUGUUAAACAAUUGGCCUAAUUUUUCAAAAAGUAGUCUGUAUUGUUAUUUAUUUUGUAUUCAAAAUUCCAUACUCUUUUUUUUUUUUUUAUGUAAGGGAAAAUUAGCAGGCAAGAAUAUUUUUUAGAACAUAUGUUUGAGAUGUAGCUUAAUAAUCACAAUUUUAUACAUAUUUCUUUGAAUUGAUAUUCAAUUAUUGAGCUAUUGCAUAUGGUGACUAAGCAUAUAGUUAAACGUUUCACGUGAUUUAAGUUACAUUUAUAAGAACUGGGUAUUUUAGAAUAGUACUGUUGUAUCUACUUCCUUUUGUUUCUCUCCGUGUGUAGAUAAAUAUUACUUAACAGUGUGAUAUGUGCACUUGGUUUAGUAUUUUCCUGAUAAAAAGUUUUCUUUUAGCAGAAUUCGAUUUUUCUUUUCAAAUGUGCAUUUUAAUGAAGUGUUAAUGUAAAAUAAUUGCUUUUUUAUCUUAAAUAUUAAAAGUAUUUUAAUUUUUCAGUAAAAUAUCUUUAAUAUUUCAAUUUUGAGCUAUCUUUUAUCUCUACUGUAUGAAAAUUAAAGUUUUUUUUUUUCCCCAUAAAGAAUUAAUUUGAUCUUUCCCUUAGUUUUGCUGAAUUGGCCUUGGGCAGGGUGUUCAUUCCCUUUUAGGUAUUUCUAAAUCUUUUAUAGAGCAUGAACUUUUUUUCCUGCCAUAUAUGUGGUUUUAUUGUUCUAAAUGUAGAUAUUAAUAUAGUAACGAAUGAUAGUUUUUUUCCCCUGCGAGAUUUUUUCUAUUUUUGUGGGAAAGACUGGUAUACUUUUCACUAUUCUCUAAGAUAUGAUAUGUAUUUAAUUAUUAAAAUUUAGUGAUUUUAAUUGACAUCGAAAUAGCUGCAGUCACACUUAUUUUUUGUAAAAUGUAUUAAUAUAGAGCGUUUAAUCCAACUAUAAUGACAGUAACUUGUAUUCUAUUAAAAAAUAAGAAUUAUUUUUAUAAUUGAAAAUUUAUUUUCAAUCGUUUAUCCACUAAUAUUUGGAAAGGCGAUUUUUUAAAUCAACUUCAAAACAGGGUUUGGGAAGAUUCGGAUUAUUUUAUAUUCCUCGAGGAAAAUCAUUUUGACAGUGCCAAGUUAUACAGUAAACACAAAUUGAUAUCUGUAAUUAAGAAAUUAUACAUGAAUUCGAAAAUAAUUUGGCAAGGAAUAGAUUAAUAAAACUUUAUUAUUGAUAUGAGUAUUUCAUCUGCUUUUAUUGCCCAGCAGUACACUGUGUGUCCAUCACGAGAACACUUCCAGACAAACGUCUGUUUGCGGUGGGCGUUAUAGAAACAGGUUACUGCAGGAUGAGUUCAUUUCGCAAAGGUAGAAAUUCAUUCAAGUUUCUUACGUUGGCACGUUUAGCGCCAAAUUGGCGCAUUUGUUGUUAUUGCAUUUAACUUUUGAAAACAAAUUCAAAAAAAUUAUUCACUAAGUUGAAAAUCAUUUGCGUACUCGGAAUAUUGAAAAUAUCUGAUAUUCCUGUCAUAUGUAUAAAAAGAACAAUGCAAAUCAAUUAGAAAAGUUGAAUAAUUAUUUGUAUGUCUAACGAUUGUACAAAAAGAAAAAUAAGUAGAAUUUUGUACAACAAAAAAUUAAUCGUUUUCAUUUCAUUUGUUUUAAAUUUAUGUAAAUAAUUAAUAUCGAAUUCUCCAGAGCAAACGCGAGAUAAUCUAAUUUAACAUAAAAACAAUAGCAUAAUCAAUCGUGAUUAUUUUCAUAAAAGGUUGUUUUUAUUCUGUUAGAAAGUAAAAUGUUCAUUAUUAAAUAUGCUUGAAACCUUUCGAAAUUUAUAUUUAUUUAUUUUUCUGAUGUAUAUGCUAUUUGCCGGAACAUAAAAUUAACAAUAACCAUAUUAUCAAAUUUUAGAUUUUUAAAAAUCUAACUUUGAUUUGUAACUUACUUUCAAUAUGCACAAGCUUUCUACAACAUAAUUAAUUGCGUAAAGUUUAUAUGUAAAAGUAUUCUAAAUUUGAAAAUAAUAAAAGUGUUCAUUCAUGUACGUGCCAGAUGUCCCGUUUUUUAAAGUAGUAUUCUAUAUGACCAUUUAUUCAUUUUCCCCGGCUUGAAAAAGAAAGCUAAUUAUUUCAAAGAAAACUUUUUCCCACGAACUGUCAAUUUAAAUAAUAGGGUGAUAAAUGAGCUUUUCUUUUCAAUGUAUAUCAGUAGUCAUAAACAUCAUAGCAAUAAAUUAUCCAUAAAUCCCUGCAUUAUUUUAUCAUUUCGGAGUUGAAAAUUCUUCACUCCCAAUCUAUAUUAACUACGAUUUUAAAGUCCCUCCUUUCUUAAAUUGAAAAAGCAUUUUAAAGGAUGUUAAAAUUUCAAAGAGACAAAAAAAUUAUUAAAUAAUGAAAUGCAGUUAAUAUUAGCCAAAGAAAAGAUUAAUAAAGUAUAAAAGAAAUAAACUAAGCGAAUAUAAAGACACGUGCAAUUGCGGUUAAAGCUAGAAGACGAAUAAACAACAGUUUUUUUUUUUUAAUCGUUUCAAUUUGACGCCAAGAAAAAAAAUAACCCCCCAGACUUCCGUUCGAUUCCACCCACUCAAAAUGGAUCUUCCCUACCGGAAUCUGUUUCGAUAACGCCCACCGUAAACAUAGACGGUUGUCUGGAAGUGUUCUCGUCGUGGACAAACAGUAUUACUCUUUUACUCAUCUACGGUUAGGAAAUAUUUUGAGGUAAAACUCAUUAACUGUAACGUAAUAUAACUAAUUACUUGUACGCAAUUUUUCAUAUGUAAAAGUACUUUUGUAAAAUAUAUAGAUUACAGUAAUAUAUUAAUUAUAUAAAGGCGGGUAUGAGGAGAGGAAGUAAUUAAUAAAUUCAUUAUAAAGAAUAAAAUUUGUUUCAAUAUGAGCCCUAGUUGAUUUCAAGAAUGUUUCGAAUAACACUUAUUUUGCUAGUAUUUGGUUCGAAAAUGUUUAAGGAAUUUAAAUGCACAUGAUUGCAGUCGAGUGUCAGUUAUGCGCUUCAUUAUGUUUAUGAAAUAGUUUACAGGUUAUUUUCAUCUAUGGCUAAAAUUUCUCUUCCCCAUUAAUUUACUUCGUUUGAGCUCUGAAUUCUGUUCAAUUUUAAUACUCGAAAGAUUACAUUGUAAGCAUUUUUGCCUUUAACUGUCUGCAAAGAGUUCAAGUAGUUUUGUUUAGAAUUUUUGUCAUUGUUUUCAAAUUUGGUUUAAAAGCAGUUUUGAUAGUUUCCCUAAUGUUGCUCAAAAUGUGCCAUUUCUGGGAAAUAAAACCACAAAUACAAUAAGCGCACAGUGAGAUGUUUUUACUGCUCAAAUAUGGUUACUGUUAAAGGACUUUUGCAUUCUAUCUUAAAGAUCAAUUUUAAUUAACUUUUUUUCUUUUUUCUUUCCCUUUCCUUAUGAAUUUAAGGUGGAAACAAAGUGUCAUUAGUCGAUUGAAUGACUGCGGAAAAAAAAAAAAAAAAGCACUAGACACAUAUUUUCAAUAUAUGACAAUUGAGGCACAAUUGAAUUUUUGUAAGUACAAACCAAAUUAAAAUUACAUUUAUAAAAUUCAGAAAUUAAAGUUUGUUUUUGUCAGAGCUUGAAGGUUUAAAAAAAAUUUCGUUGAUGCAUCAUUUAUAGUUUAUAACCAGUUAAGAAUACUUUAAUGAUGUUUCUAUAAAAUUUGUUAUCUUGUGCAUUGUAAAGUGAUGUAACUGUUCUUUGAAAUUAUGAAUUUGUUCAGAGAUUGUUAUCUUUAUUAAGGCCUCUUGGUUGUGCAAAAUUCCAUUCUUUAUCAGAUUGGUGUAAUUUACAAGUUUUGAAAUAAAUGAUGUUAAAAGAACAUCUUGGAAAAAUUAAGCAAUCAUUGUUUUAAAGAACUCCAAAAGUCUUCAAUUCUAUGAAUCUUCAGUUUAUUUAGGAAGGGGGGGGCAGCCAUGCAAGUAACAUAAUUCAAGAUACAUCUAAAUGUUUGCCUCUUAAAUGCUCCAAAUUUCUGCGAACUUUAUUUAAAUUCUUGCUUUUUUUCAGUAUGCAGUUUUUUUCUGGGAGAUGAAGAAGAUAAUAAAUUAUAGAUAUAAAUUUAUUAAAUUUCCUUUGUUUUGAAAUUAAUUUCUUUCGAUUUUACUUGUAAAAGCUUUGGUCGUUAUUUAGAUUAAUAAAUUUAAUGAAACCAGAAUUAAUUCUAAAUUUCUGUAUAUCAAUUUCAUUUUCAGAAUUUAGAUGAGUAUUAAUUAUAAGCGUGAUAAAGUUGUUUGUUUUCAUACGCCAUAAAGAUGGACAAAUGGGUCUGCUAAAGCAUAUUUAUAAUCUGAUGAGUAAAAAAGAAAAAAAAUUAAAAGCUUAUUAAGUAUAUUAAUUGCAUGGCAGUAAUUUCUUGACGAGUUCUAAAGCUGAUGUCGAUAAAAUAUCUCAAUAGUAUGAUUGAAUAUUAGUCUUGGCAUCAGUCUUAUUUAUUAUUAUUCUAUUAACUUUUUUUUUGCUGUGUACCAGCUUCCUAUAUUUCUUUUAGAUGACAAAUAUGCAAAGUAUAACUCAAAUAUUAAAAAAAUGAAAUUGUACCUGUACUAACAUUUGAUUUUGAAAUAAACAUCUUGUUAUUUUAAAUGCUGUCGAUUUCAAUAUAAUCAUUAUUUUGCUAUUCAUAUUUCAAGCUCAAAUUUUAGUCCAACUUUUUUUACUGUAAAAUAAAAAAAGAAAAUUUUGUAAAGCAAAUGAGAUAUAUUGCAUUUUUUUAUUGCAUAGAAAAGAGUACUGCUGUGCCUUGUGUGGCUGUUGUUAGAGCGAAAGUUAUCACAUCUUAGUUAUUUCUUCUUAUUAUUUUACUAUUUUAGACAGAGUAUUAUGUCAUUCAUAAAUUUCAUCAUUCAUAUGUUAGCUGUGUGCCAUUGUAUUUACGAACAAUAAAAUUUUCUUGUAUUUCAAGCCAUAAACUGGCUUUAGCAUUAAUGCAUAAUAUUGGAUAAUUGCGAAUUAAUUAUACCAAAUACUGUUAUUGUUUCAGGCACUGUCACUGAAUAUUUGGACAUUCCAUCAUUUUCGUACCUCAUUCAUAAAAAAAAAAAGAGAAUAUUGUUACUUUAUAAAUUUAGAUGUGGAAUUUUUUUAUUCAAUUUUUCUUUUUAAUUCCUAAUCUUACACUUGUAUUUUUUGUAUUUGAUUUUCUUUCAAAGUUUCGUUUUAUAUCCAUUCUUACUAUCUUGGCAAAAUUUUCUUCUAAAUAAGAAAAUCUACAAAAUACAACAGUUCUCCACCUCUUUUCCUUAAACAUUAAUAAUAAAUAUUUGUAACAUUCUUUUAUUUAACUUUAUAUAAUUUCUGUGUAUCAGUUAUUUUUAGAAGUAUAUAGAUAAGCCUGCCGAAUGAAAUAUAUAAACUUCAUUGCAUGCAGUUCCCUUUCGUUUACCUUGUUCAUAUUUAAUGAAAUUCAGUAAUCUGAAGUUAAUAUUCAACAACAAAAACACUUUCUCAUAUGAAUGAUUUACUUUAGAGAAAAUUUCUUUUCUUAGGUGAAAGAAAAAAAAAUUAUGAUGUAUUUGUUACGGUAGAUGUUCAUGCAUGGUUUAAAUAUGGAUAUUAACUCAUGAAUGUAGCUUUUUAAAUUUCUUAAUGUAUUGAUUUUUAUGUAAUGUGAAGUGCAUAAAGAAUUAUUUCACAGAUUUUAUCCAUGAAAUGGAAUGAUUGCAUGUAAAUUUGUACUCCGUGCUGCUAUGAAAUUGCAGCAAAUUGUCGUGCUUCUUUCUGUUCUAAAAUAUUUUAAUGGAUUUUAUUUUAACUUUCAUGACUAAUGUUGAGUUUCAAAUAAUUUUAUAUGGAUCCCUUUAAUAUAUAAUUUACUUUCUAUCAUUAAAGGUUAACUACCAUCAUCAGUAAAUUUAUUUACCAUUUGUAUAUAAAUGUUAAUGUUGCAUUUUUGUUGUUGGCGUUUAUGGUUUUGAAUGUUGCCAUUACCUUUUGUUGCCUUUGUGUACCAAAAAUAUACUAUUUCUAGAAAGUAAAUGUUACAAAGAAACUGAGCAUAAUAAACAUAUUUUUUUAUCGUG